ACGGAACAUGCAGGCAUAUGAACAUGCGUGCAUGUGUGUGAGGAAUAGAAAUAAGGAAGAAAGAACUGAAAAUUCAUAGAAACAUCCAAUAAAACAGUGCAGGAUACUAAUUAAAGAUCAGUAAGAGGGACCUGAUAUUAGCAGAAGUUGAUUGUUAAAUUUCCCUGUAGGUAAUAAUAGCCCAGGCAAGAAGCACAAAGAAAGAGACAGAGAGUGACAGCCCUUGGAGAAAUCAUGAGACACACUUUAAAGUUGGACAGGCUGGACAGGCUGGACAGACGUCCCUACUUCUGGGGUUAGUCACAGAUACCAUCAAUUUAAGCAGGACAGCCUCAGCAAGACCAUGGGGGUCAAAACAAGUCUAGGCCUCAGAGCCCAUUUACCUGGAGAAGUUCUCAGAAUUGGCUAGUGAGGAGACAGGCCCUGGAGAAUUCAUUAAAAUUCACUUUCCUGAAGUAGCAUUCUCAGGGGAGGUCCUAUCACCUGAGGAGAAGAGACUGAAAGGUCCCCAAGGACAAGGUCAGGGUCACUGUUGCCCCAGGGAUGAUGAAGUUAGGCCCUGGUGAUUCUUUGAGUAGCUCCUCCAAUACCUCUUUCCCCAAAGCCUUGUGUUCAUCUUUAUCAUGGACUCCAGCAGGAGAAGAAUAUAGGAAAAUACAACUAAAGAAACCACACAGAAUGGAGCUCAACUCUACCUUAGGAAGUGACUUCAUCUUGGUGGGGAUCCUGAAGGACAGUGGGUCUCCUGAACUUCUCUGUGCCAUAAUCACGGCCCUGUACAUGGUGGCCCUGAUCAGCAAUGGCCUGUUGCUCCUGGUCAUCACAGUGGAUAUCCAGCUCCAUGUGCCCAUGUACCUCCUGCUUGGGCAGCUGUCUCUCAUGGACCUCCUGUUCACAUCGGUUGUCACUCCUAAGGCCCUCAUGGAUUUCCUGCACAGAGAAAACAGCAUCUCCUUUGGAGGCUGUGCCCUGCAGAUGUUCCUGGCACUGACACUGGGUGGUGCAGAGGACCUCCUACUGGCCUUCAUGGCCUAUGACAGAUAUGUGGCCAUUUGUCACCCUCUGAACUACAUGAUCUUCAUGAGACCUAGAGUCUGCUGGUUCAUGGUGGUCUCAUCCUGGAUCCUGGCAUCCCUGAAUGCUUUAGGACAUACAGUGUACACCAUGCACUAUCCCUUUUGCAUGUCUCGGGAAAUCAGACACCUUUUCUGUGAGAUUCCAAACUUGCUGAAGCUGGCCUGUGCAGACACCUCCAGAUAUGAGCUCAUGGUUUAUGUGACAGGUGUGACUUUCCUUUUACUCCCUCUUUCUACCAUUAUUGCCUCCUACAUUCUGAUUCUGCUCACUGUGCUCCACAUACCCUCAAAGGAUGGGAGGAAGAAAGCUCUUGUCACUUGCUCUUCCCACCUGACUGUGGUAGGUAUGUUUUAUGGGGCGGCUACACUCAUGUACGUCCUACCCAGUUCCUUCCACAAUCCCAAACAGGAUAACAUCACCUCUGCUUUCUACACGAUUGUCACCCCAGCCCUGAACCCCCUCAUUUACAGCCUGAGGAAUAAGGAGGUCAUGGGAGCUUUGGAGAGGAUCUUUGGAAAAUAUAUUGUGCAGACACACCCUACCCUCUAGGUAGAUCUCCAAAAUUAAUUCCUCUUCAAUGUCAAAAGAUUGUCUUAUGCAUCAAAUUCUUA